UUUAAUGUAGCGUUAAAAUAUUCACAAAUAUGGAAAAUACUGUCAAGCCUGGUUUGGCGAGAGAUGAGUCGAAAUAUUUUCACACUGUGGACUAUGUGGUGUUCGCAACCAUGUUGUUUAUUUCUGCUUCCAUCGGUGUAUUUUUUGCAAUUCGUUCUCGAAGAAAGGGUACGACUUCAACAGGCGAUUAUCUGAUGGCAAGUCGAGAAAUGUCUUACGGUCCAGUUUCCCUCAGUCUCAUUGCAAGUUUCAUGUCGUCGGUUACUAUUAUUGGUUUACCAGCCGAAUAUUAUGUUUAUGGAACAAUGUUUACUUGGUUUGGAGUUGUCUAUCUCCUGCUACCAAUCAUACUAAUUGCAAUUUACAUACCUGUAUUUUAUGAUCUAGGAAUUGCUAGUACUUAUGAGUACUUGGAACUGAGAUACAAUAAAUUUACGAGACUCGCUGUCACGUGUUUAUAUCUCAUUUUAUCGACACUAUACGGUGGAAUUGUUACAUACGGACCCGCACUUGCUUUGAGUAAAGUUACAGGACUCAAUAUGUGGGGAUCCAUAAUAUGUACUGGAGGUGUUUGCAUGUUUUAUACAACUCUGGGUGGACUCAAGGCCGUUAUAUGGACUGAUGUUCUUCAGUCUAUUCUAAUGUUGUCUGGAUUUGUAAUUGUCAUCAUACAAGGUUCGAUCAACUUAGGUGGAUUUUCAAACAUUUGGGAAGCAGCACAAGAUGGCGGAAGAAUUGAUUUUCACAGUUUUGAAAUCGACCCACGCAUCCGCCAUACAUUUUGGAGCAUCCUCAUAGGAGGAUCUAUAUUAUGGACUUCUAUAUUUGGUGUUAAUCAGUCACAAGUUCAAAGAUAUAUCUGCUGUCGGACGAGGAGAGAUGCCAACAUUGCGAUCAUCAUUUCUGGCAUCGGUUUGAUCAUCAUCAUGAUAUUAGCUGCAAUGACUGGACUGACGAUUUAUGCAACUUAUGAAGAUUGCGAUCCUAUCAACAAUGGAGAUGUUGAUAAAGCUGACCAGUUAUUUCCCUAUAUUAUCAUGGACAUUGUCGGACAUUUGCCGGGAAUACCAGGACUGUUCGUUGCAGCAGUGUUCAGUAGCUCGUUGAGUACAAUUUCUUCUGGAAUAAACGCUAUGGCAUGUGUAACAUUGGAAGAUUUCAUUCGCCCACUGACUGACUGGAGAGACUUGUCAUACACUAGAACUUCCAGAGUUCUUGUUCUUUUAUAUGGAUGUAUAUAUAUAAUGGUUGCGUAUUUGGCAUCGGAAAUUGGAGGAUUGAUUCGGAUGUCUUACAGCAUCCACGGAAUAAUCGGAGGUCCAAUCACUGGGAUAUUUACAAUUGGAAUGUUGGCAUCCUGGGUUAACAGUCAUGGAGCAAUGUCAGGGUUGCUGGCCGGACUUGCAUCAACAACCUGGCUCUUUGUUGGAAGCACAAUCUACCCAUCUCCAUCCAUAUAUACGAGACCUCUUCAUAGAUCAACGGAUGGAUGUGAUGGAUACGAUACAUCAAAUGCGACAAAUGUUUUACUGAUUACAAAUCAAUCUUAUUCACCAAUUGAAAUUUCUACGCCAAGUUAUUACAGCGUUGAACACUCGAAUGCUUCAUUCGAAUAUCAAACAGUAGAUGGAACCUUGCAAACUAUUACAAACGACGUCGACCAGAAUGAUGGCGAAAGACCUCCUAUCGCAGAAUUUUACGCUCUAUCGUAUCUUCAUUUUGCAACUGUUGGAUUUUUAUCAACCAUCUUGGUAACAAUGCUCGUCAGUGCAUUAACAGGUUGCACAGGAAAGAAGGGAGUGCAUGAUGAUUUAUUAGUUCCGUGCUUGAGAUCUGGAAAGAAAACCAACGACAAUUCAAAGAAAGGACGAUAUGCCAAGGUCGAAGGGGUUGAGCGGUCAACUAGUUGGAUGCCGGAUAAACCAAGAGGGGCAAGCAUCGAAGUAUCAGAUCUUAUUGGGACUACUGCUCUCGUUGAUGGACCUGUGUACUAUCCAAACACUCAUGAACAAAUUUACUCAAUGCGGAGAAAUUCAGACGAUUAUGAUAAUGUACCAGACGAGGAUUUAAAUAAGGAAUCGACUUUCUAACGAUGUAUAGGCGAUGAAAGUAUUACCGGGCCACGUCUACACAGUAAAAAUAUUGGGACUCAUGAGAUGGCUAACUGUUAACGCAAGACUACACGUAGGCUAUUUGCAACGAAACACAAACUAGUACGUGUUUUUCAACACAACUUUGCCCUAUUAGUGGGCGAUUCACUGAUAACCCAGUUUUUUUUUUGGCUUACUAUCAAUCUUUUCUCCAAACAAACCAGCCAAAAAUUUGGAUUGGUUGCGCUCUUGUAAUGCUACACAAUAGUGGAAAUUCAGUUCAACUGGUAAACAUGUUUUGUAACGGAAUAAAUGGCGGGAUUCCAAAUUUCGAGUAGAAUUAAUGAGACCGACAGGGAAAGAAUGGCCAAAAUGAAUCGUUUUUUUUAUUAGGACAAAUAUCUUUAUUUUUAUUAGAUUUUUUUUGCCAAAUGCGUUAUUUGCACUACUACAAUAAAAAAUGUGAAUAUGUAUUUUCAGAAAAAAUGUGUUUUUCAUAUUAUAUCAAAAAUACGACAUUUCGUGAUUAGUUGUUCAAAAGUUCUUGCACAUUUGUAAAUCAUGUACAUUGUUUGUUGGCCGAUUCAAAAAAUCUGCAUUAACCUGUACAUACAUGUAUGAAAUUGAAUAUAAUUUAUUUUAUAUAAGUUAAUGGAGUUGUAAAAAUAAUGUAUUUGGAAAAAUAUAAAAAUAAAUGCCACAUUUUACAUGAAAUAUAAAGUGUGAACUCCUUAUAAGAAAUUGUGCUACUA